GUCGGCGCGAGGAGCCGGGAGGUAGCGCGAGAGGAAGCAGCAGAAGUGGCGCGUGUGGAGCGGCGUUGGGUCCGGCGUUUCAAAACGAACCAACACCGAGCAAAACAUGAGUCCGGGAGCUGGCAAGGAACCGAGAGCGAGUCAUGUCCAGAAAGGGAUCAAGGCCAUUCUGCUGGGGCCACCUGGGGCAGGGAAAGGCACACAGGCUCAAAGGCUUGCAGACCACUACAAUGUCUGUCACUUAGCAACAGGUGACAUGUUACGAGCAAUGGUGGCAUCAGGAUCAGAAUUGGGUCUGAAGUUGAAGAAGACAAUGGAUGAGGGCAAACUUGUCAGCGAUGAGAUGGUGGUUGAACUGAUUGAUAAAAACUUGGACAGUGCAGCCUGCAAAAAUGGAUUUCUGUUGGACGGAUUCCCUCGCACUGUGAAUCAGGCACAGAUGUUUGAUCAACAAUUGGAAAAGCGAUCUGAGAAGUUGGACUCUGUGGUAGAACUUAAGAUUCAAGAUGACUUGUUGAUAAGCAGAAUCUGUGGCAGACUGAUUCACCAGGCCAGUGGACGCACUUAUCAUGAAUUGUACAACCCACCUAAAGUGCCAAUGAAAGAUGAUGUAACCGGUGAACCUUUGCUAAAACGCUCAGAUGACAAUGAAGAAACAUUAAAAUCUCGUCUUUCUGCUUACCACACCCAAACCAAACCUCUCAUUACAUAUUACCAAAAGAAAGGGCUCCUUACAGCUGUUGAUGCCACACAGCCUCCUGAUGUUGUUUUUUCUACUAUUCUAGCUGCAUUCAGUGGAGCUGCAUCCAUCUGAAAAUUAUGAUGCCCAAGACACACUCAUCCCUGCCACCAGUAUGCCAACAAUCAAGUUUUAUUAUGUCAAGUUUACAUAAUGUUGAAGGGGAUGGUGGUGGUAGGUUACAGAAUGUAGGAGGGUAUGUUGGUGGGUUAUGAAAGUGCAAUUCCAUUUUAAAAUUUUGGUUUGUUAUUAUUGGGAUUUGAGGGCUUUUCAGGAAUCAAACUUUUAAACCAUUUCAUUUUAUUGAUUAUAUAAUAGGAAAAGUAUUUGUGGGGGUAGUGUGAAAUCUAAUUUUGUGUAAAAAUCCUGAGCUAAUUACUGCCCACUUUUCCUUGCUCUGAUAAAAGUACACACAGUAUUACACUUUUUGGGGUCACUGUGUAAUGAAGGGCAUGACUGAUACUAGUAUCAAAUGCUUUUCAAAAAGAAUAUUCGUUAUGAUUGAACAAUAAAGUUAAAGUAGUUACAUUGACAAUGGUAUUAGAGUUUGGUCCAGCUGAUUAUAGCUCAAUUUUAAUAUUCAUGUCAAUAAAAAGGAUAAUUCAUCACUGUUAUUUUCAUUUUAUAAAUAUAUUUUUACUAACUUGGAGAUGACUAUUUUUGAAAUGCAUAAUUCAGAAUUGAUCAAUCAUGAUGAAAUAUUGUGUGCAAAGGCAGUUUAACUGAGAGCAUAGUUUUGAAGUGUGUGCUGAAAGAUUGGACAUUUCAAUUCUU